AUGACUAGUCAAGCAUUUAGUCAAGGAAUUCAUUUAAAUGAAAAAUCAGAUUUUAGUUUGUUACGCUUAUAUAUUGAACAAGAAGUAUCAAAUGCUAGUUUACAAGAACUUGUUGAAACAAUUCAAAAUUCAAAAGAUUCAGAAAUUAUUUAUAAGAAUGUUAGAAGUCUUUGUAGUCAUUCGAAUCAAAUUGUUAUUCGAUUCGUUUAUGACAAAUUACCACCACGACCUGAAUUUCGUAUUUUAUCAAAUUCAUCACAAGCCGAUUUACUUUCUCGUACACAUCCUGUUCGUCUUAGUGGUACUGUUAUUGCAUCGAGUGCUAUUUUACCUUACAUACGUGGACUCAAGUAUGUAUGUCAUAGUUUAAUGUGUCCUUUAAGUGAUCGAAAACGUCAAAAAUUUGUAUUAUUUGAUAUUGAAAAUCCAUAUGUUUGUAAAGUUGGAGAAACAAUUUUGUGUGAAGGAUGCGAUUUAUUUCUUGAUGAAGAUAUAAAUAAACGAUGGACUUCUGAAAAACUUAUUAUUGCUGUCAAAAUAAAAGAACCAGAAACACCUAUUAUUUUAUCAACAUCCAAUCUUCAAAUAGAUACUUUAUUAUUAAAUGCACACACUAUAAUCGUUCGUGAUGAAUAUAUUUCACAUAUUCGUCUUGGUGGUAAAUAUAAUUUCAUUUGCUAUGCUAUUUAUGAUCCUCAUUCGAAUGGAGUAAUUUUUGAAACAUUACAUUGUGAAUUCAUACAAUCACGUCGUUUUUCAUUACCAGAUUCUAUUUGUCAUUUACAUAACAAUUUUGCUCGUUAUCAUUCAUUCAGUUUUCUUAAUAUUCUAUCAACACUUUUCUGUCCACAUAUUCGAUUAGCUAAAUAUUGUAUUCAUGUUAAAAUGGGUUUAAUAUUAAGUCUUGUGUCAUCUUCAAUUCAUCUACUUAUUGUUGGUAAUGAAAGUCGUGUAGCUGAUAUUCUUUGUCAAACAGCAUUGAAAUAUGCUCGAGAUGGUGUUAUUCAUCGACAACAACAUCCACUUACACUUGCAUCGAUUUCUAAAAAUAAACAUUGUUCAUUCAUUGUUUCUGCUGGUUCAAUUACUAUUGGUGACGGUGGAAUUACGUAUCUGGAAAGUAUUGAUAGUUUAAGCAAAUCACAAAUAAAAGAACUUCUUUCUGCAUUUGAAACAAAAACACUCAAUAUUGAAGUGAAGAAAAGUGAAGAAACAUCAAAAAUUAUCUAUACUGCACCAUUUAAUAGUAAUAUUUGGGCUUAUCAUGAUAGUCGGUUAUGGUUGCAUGCUGAUCGAGUAACAGAACCAACCAAUGAUUUAUCACCAACAUUAGCUGAUCUAGUAUUACCACUAGAUGAAAUCGAAAAUGAAUAUGGUGAGAAUAGAUUUUUCUAUUGUCUUUUUCGUUUAUCGUCUAUAUUUGUAGAAGAAACAAUUGAAUAUUAUUUGGAUUCAAUGUUAAGUAAUGAUAAUCAACAUGAAAUAAUAGAUCAACAAACUAGUCAAUGGAUUGAUGAUAUUCGAAGUUUUCUUGUCUAUGUUCGAACGAUAGAAAUGCCAUUGAGUCCGGAAGCUGAAUUUCUUUUGAAAAAAUAUUUUUGUGCAUGUCGUCGAACAAAACGUACUCUGUUUGCUUAUGCAGAACUUUCUGCUUCAACCAAUGAUGUUUUAACAAAACUGUGUGAAGGCAUAGCUAAAUGUAAUGUACAUCUGGAAGCUACUGAAUCUGAUAUGAUUCUGGCAAUUUAUUUAUUUGAAAUCUCGACAAUGACUCGACUUGGUUGUGAAAAUCUCGUCAAUGAAAAAUAUCGAUUACCACCUGUUCUGACUGACCCAGUAGAACAACGUAUGAUAUUUUUUUCUCGAGAACUUGCUGUCUUUUGUGAUGAAUACACACCAUCUUCAAAUCAUUAUUAA